CUACUCGAGACUCUACUAGUUUGAUUUCUUCCUCUGUUCAGUUGAGUUCCUGAAAAUGUAAUGCAGCGUCUCUUUCCCCUCCCUCUCUCUAUGGCUAGCUAGGUUUGCGUUUGCUCAUUUCCACCUCCCUCUCUCUCUCUCUCUCUCUACGGUCUUCUCAAGCUGUCUUGUUGGGUUGAGUCGAGCCCUUGGUUGGGUUGGGACUAUGGGCCCUAUUUUCCACUCAGCAUUUCAACGCUGAGAGAGAUAGAGAGAGAGGAGUCUCUCCUCUCCGCUUUCUUUGGUGCUUUUUCUUUGCGCCCAUUUGAUUUCUCGCUGGCUCGCAUUUGUGGUCGAUUAGUAUUUGAGGUUGCUGUUCUCUCUCUCUCUCUCUGAAUGGACAGAAAUUGGUUUUUGGAGGGUUUACGUUCUGGGUUUUGAGUUUUGGGAAUUGGGUUUUGAAGAUUAAGUCCCUGAAGUGGGCUAGGAUUUCGGAUUGUUGGAUUUGGAUUCAGAUUUUCUUGGUUUGUGGAUUAUGUGGAGUUCUUACGGAUUGGAAUUUGGUAUGAGGUGGGUUUUCAAAACUGAAGAGGUUGUGGCUAUCGGUUUUUGAUCCGUUCUUCAAUUUCCAAGCUGAGAAUUCUGUAUUUCCAGAGCCUCAAUGCAGAAUUCUGUAUGAGCACUGUACGAGUUUCUUAGCUUCCAUUUCGAUUUCGAAGGUGAAUUUUGGGAUUUGGGGGUGAUCUGGUCGUUAGGUUUUCUGAUGCACUUCUGAUGUAUGAAUUCUCUUUGGGGGACGAUGAUCUAGAAAAAGGAAAUUGAAAUUUAAGGUGGUUUUUUGAGCUGGAUUUCAAGAAAAAUGGAAGCAAUGAUUCAGCCACCUUUGGUUGAUACAACGGCAUGUCUCUGUAGAGUAGAUGCAGGUCUCAAAAAUGUAGCUGGAGCAAAGAAAUUUGUUCCUGGUACGAAGCUGUGCCUCCAGCCUGACAUUAAGCCAUCGAUUCAUCCUACCAGGCAGAAGCCAGCACGGGCUGACAGGAAUAGGAGCCAAUCCCCUCUGCUUCCAGGACUCCCCGAUGAUCUUGCAAUUGCUUGCUUAAUCCGGGUCCCAAGAGCUGAGCACAGUAAGCUUCGCUUAGUCUGCAAAAGAUGGUACCGCCUCUUGGCUGGUAAUUUCUUCUACUCACUCCGGAAAAAUCUAGGAAUUGCAGAAGAAUGGAUAUACAUCAUGAAAAGAGAUCGAGAUGGAAAAAUCUCUUGGCAUGCCUUUGAUCCCAUACACCAGCUUUGGCAGCCUCUCCCUCCUGUCCCAAAAGAAUAUUCUGAAGCCUUAGGAUUUGGAUGUGCUGUUCUCAGUGGUUGUCACCUUUAUCUAUUCGGUGGUAAAGAUCCAAUCAAGGGUUCCAUGAGAAGAGUGAUUUUUUACAGUGCAAGGAAUAAUAAAUGGCGGCGUGCUCCGGACAUGCUUCACAGGCGCCAUUUCUUUGGAUCUUGUGUCAUAAACAACUGUUUAUAUGUAGCUGGUGGUGAGAACGAGGGUGUCCACCGGUCCUUGAGAUCAGCCGAAGUUUAUGAUCCAAACAAGAACCGAUGGUCCUUCAUUUCAGAUAUGAGCACGGCAAUGGUGCCAUUCAUUGGGGUUGUUUACGAGGGGAAGUGGUUCCUGAAGGGUAUAGGGCCUCAGCGACAAGUUCUGAGUGAGGUCUAUGACCCUGAAACUGAUAGUUGGUACCGUUCAUAUACUGGAAUGGUUACAGGUUGGAGGAACCCAUGUACUUCCGUGAAUGGGCACCUCUAUGCAUUGGACUGUAGAGAUGGCUGCAAACUUAGGGUUUAUGACGAAAGUACCGACUCUUGGAGCAAACACAUAGAUAGUAAGAUGCAUUUGGGCAAUUCCAAGGCCUUGGAGGCGGUGGCACUUCUCCCUCUAAAUGGAAAACUCUGCAUUGUCCGGAACAAUAUGACUAUUUCUCUGGUAGACGUUGCAAAAUCUGAUGAUGCGAGGAGAGCUGCCGCCCAAAAUUUAUGGGAAACCAUUGCGAGGAAGGGUCAGUUCAAGACAUUGGUCACCAACAUUUUGUCGAACCUCGCUGGUAGGAACCGCCUCAAGAGCCACAUCGUGCACUGCCAGGUUCUUGUAGCUUGAAGAUGGUUAUUCGCUCUAUUGCGCCCUGCUGUCUGAACUGGAGAGAAGAGAGAGAAACACGGGGAUGAACAAUUAAAAACUCACGGAGAUGGACAACGAGCAAUGCACAUAGGUGUGUUUGGUUUUGGUGUAGUUCGCAGGUUGAAUGAGCCUGUGGCCGGGCCAUUAGAGGCGCCAGAUCGCGAAAGAGUGUUUGUCUUGCUUUCUUGUAGUUUUGUCUUGUCAGUGUUACGAAAACUAUGUCAUGUAUGAUAGAUGGUUUGAAAAUUGAAGGGAGCAUAUUGUCUUACUAGUUUAUAGAA